UGUGGGCGAUAGAACUACACCUCCCAGCGUGCACCGCGGCUCCGCUCGUCGCUCGCCGUGGAACAAACGUUUGUUCACGGCAGUUUUUUGACGGUCAUGCGCUGCUUUGUUCUUCCAUUGUCUCGUGGCGCGUUUCCUCGUUUUCCCGCAGCACAGGAGGACACGUGACAGGUGUUAUGAACAACUAUGAGGUCAUGGGUCAGAUCGGAGAGGGUGCGUUUGGUAAAGUGUUCCUGGUCAGAGAGACGGGUAGAGACAGACAGAGUGUGGUCAAACAGAUCGACCUCAGGAAGAUGUCAGUGAAGGACAGACAGUCGUCUCAUAAAGAAGUGUCUCUCCUGUCAAAGAUGAAACAUCCCAACAUCGUCUCCUUCAUCACUUCAUUUCAAGAGAGUGGUAGUCUGUUCAUAGUGAUGGAGUUCUGUGAUGGAGGAGAUCUGAUGAAGAGGAUCAACAUGCAGAGAGGAGUCUUCUUCACCGAGGAGCAGAUCUUGAGCUGGUUUGUUCAGAUCUGUCUGGGCCUCAAACACAUCCAUGACCAGAAGAUUCUGCACAGAGACAUCAAAGCUCAGAACAUCUUCCUCACCAGUGGAGGAAUUAAAGCCAAACUGGGAGACUUUGGAAUUGCGAGAAUGUUAAAUAAUACCAUGGAGAUGGCCAGGACCUGUGUGGGGACACCGUACUACCUUUCACCAGAGAUCUGUGAAAACCGACCGUACAACAACAAGACGGAUAUCUGGUCUCUGGGUUGUGUCCUGUAUGAGCUCUGCACCCUGAAACAUCCAUUUGAGGGCAGCAGUCUGCGGCAGGUGGUCAGUAAAAUCUGCAGGGGGCGCUACAACCCAGUCCCCAGCGGUUACUCGUCUGAGCUCCGCCUCCUGAUCACUCAACUGUUCAAGGUGAAUCCUCGUCAACGUCCGUCUGUCUCUUCUGUCCUCAAACGUCCUUUUCUGGAGACGCUCAGCAAACACCUGCACCCACAGGAGAGGAUCAGUCACUCAAAGCUGCAGAGAAACAGAAUAACAGCAUCAAAUCCUCCAGAGAAGAUCCACAGAUCCAGAGGAGGAGGAGCCGUGAAGAGACAGAGCGCCAAACCUGUGUGGAGGGCCCCGCCCACAAUCAACGGACCCGCCCACCACAGACCUCUUCCUCUCAGAGCAGCAGACAGAGAGGUCAGAGGUCAACACAACCACAGGGGUCAGUACCAGCACUAUCACGCUCAGCUGGACGCUCUUCAUCAUCAUCUUCAUCAUCGUCCACGUCCUCAGGAGGAAGUCGAGCGGCGUGAAGAUCAGGCUCCGCCUCCUCCUGUGGAGCCAUACCAGCUUGUUGCUGCAGCUCGUCAUGAAUAUCUACAGAGAAAAUAUGAAGCUAAAGAAUAUAAACUGAGAGCAGAGAAACAACUGGGUCUGCGUCCAUGCACAGCUGAGAGUCACAGACCUGGAGGUCAGCAACUGGACGAGGGACAACCUGAGGACAGGAGACAGGAGGGACAGCAGGAGUACCUGCGUCAGCUGGAUGUCAUCAGACAUCAGUAUCAUCAAGAGAUGAGACAGAGGAGACUGAGAGCAGAGACUGAACCAGAACACAAACAUGAGACAUACGUGUUGGACAAAGCCAGAGACGUAGAGCCGUGUUCAGACAGCAGAGGGCAGCGCAGCGCUGCAGCUGCACAGGACAUGGCCGCUGCUCUGCAGCUGAUCAGAGAGGAGACCAAACACAAGAAGGGAAUCAUGUUUGAGAUCCGUUUAGACGACGACGAGACACAAGACGCAGAGACAGAGGACGAGAGACGAGAAGACAACAAGAUGGACGAUGACCCUCUAAACAAGACUCUGAGCUCCCAGGAGGGGGAGGAGUUGAAGCUCAGGGAUUGGUCAGAGGAAAGGAAGGGGUGGAGUCAGAGGACUCCUCAGACUCUGCUGGAUGCUCUCGCCAACAUGGACGUCAACUCCAUCUACGACACAGUGGUGGAGACCGAACAAGUUCGCAGACUCUGGACUCGAGGUCGUCCAAACACUCUGCUCAACGCGCUCGCUCACGCUCAGCUCACCUCCUCUACUCUGCACUCACUGACUGCAGCUGACUUUUCAGUGUCUUCAGUCCCAGAUCCGGAUCCAGAGGAGGACUUUGACGUGGAGACGGCUUUAGAGAGUCCAGAGCUGAAAUCAGACGACGAGGACACGAACUUCGAGGAUUCGGACGACGAGCUCAGGGACGCGGUGGCUGACUCCAUGAAGAACCUGUUCAUCAUGGACGAGGACGAGGACACACGGGAGACGGCAGAGGUGCCUGAUGGGAAGUGGGAGGACGGAGGCGGGGACACGAGCGCAGUGGAGAUUCAGCAAGUCCAACCGCAACGGAAGAGUCCACGUGAGGACGACCAAGGACAGAGCGAGGACACACCGAAUGUCUCCUGACAUGACCUCUGACUGUGGGAUUAAAGUUCACUGUGUGAGUUUGUGAUGAAAAGUUAACGACGAUUACAUUUUAGUUUUCUCAGGUUUAUAUUUGUAUUCUCUGCGGCUAUGUUCCGCCCAAAUGCAUUCUGGGAUACAUGGCUUGAUGGAUGGAUGGAUAUUGAGAAACAGCCUACGUCUCUCAUCCCAGACAGGAAGUUCAAAUCAAACAGGAAACAGGAAGUUCAAAUCAAACUCGUAAUUCACACCAACGAUUCACAACGAGAUUAAAGAAAGGCAAGUAAGUUGAUCUGGUUGUACGCUGUAUAAUGACAAUAAAGGUGAUUCUGAUUA